AUAUUCAUCCCCUCUAUCUACCUUGGGUUUAUUCGAUACUAUUCAACGUAACUCCGAUUUCGCUAUGGUUUCUCUUCAUUUGAUUUUGGAUUACUUCUAAUUCUCAUUUACUAUUUAUUUCUUGUCAUUCCCGAUUUCUUCUUCUUCUCUUCCCUUCAACUUGUUUGUACAUACCGUCCGGAUAUCAAUCAGUAUUCGUUGCGCAAAGCAGGGGAAGCGAACAACAGAAAGAAGAACAUUGAGUUGUGUUUAUCCACGGAGUUUAAACCUCUUUACCAGUCGAUCAUGUCGAACUUGAUCUCACGGAAAGCUUUAAUUUGCUCGAAAAGAUCCUUUUUGGCUGCUCCUUCGAACUAUAGAAGAUUAUCUUCCAAAACCUCACCUCUACAGUCUACAUACACUGGAAAUCCAACCUCAUCUGCAACAGAAGUUCUACAACCAAUACGUACAGAUUCGAAGUCAACUUCAGAACCAGCAAGUAUGCCAAAGAUCAGUCCUCUUUCGAUAUUACCUCUCAAUAAUGUUAUAAGAUCAUUGGCUAUUAAUACUAUUUCUUCUUCUCCUGUAAGUUUAAUCUCGAGUCUCUUCAAUAAAUGUCCAUCGGAAACCCUUACUGACUGUCGCUUGAUAGCUACUUCUUGGUCCAUCGCUAAAAAUCAUGGCCAUUCUCGCACAUUCUCAAAAUCCUCUUCUUUCACCCGAUCGAAAUCCCAUCCUACGAUUCUUUCUCAAGAAUACAUUUUACAAACAGUUCUGCGCUGGAGAAAAUCACGCCGAAGUUCAAAGUACUGUUCGCGGUAUUAAAGAUCUUGGUUUCAAAGGUGUAUUCCUUUGCUACGCCCGUGAGGUAGAGAAAUCACCCGGAGCAAAUAUUGAUAUUGAGAAAUGCGUCAAAAAUGAAGUUCUACCAUGGGCAGAAGGUACAUUAGCAACCGUCAGACUAGCCGAACCAGGAGAUUUUGUAUCCAUCAAAGUUACCGGGGCGGGAAGUUUAGCAUUACAAGCUUUAGAAAAACAAGGAGUAUGCCACGACAGCCUUAAAAAAGCCAUCGAUGACAUUUGCGCUUUGAGUGCUGAACGAGGUGUUAAAUUAGCAUUUGAUGCUGAACAUGCUGCUGUACAAGCUGGAAUCGAUCUUUGGACCUUGAAAUACAUGAAGAGAUACAACAAGCCAGGCAAAGGAGGAGCAGUCAUCUAUGGUACUUAUCAAGCAUAUCUCAAAGCCUGUCCUCAAGUAAUCGCGCACCAUAUGGCAAUUGCACGAAAAGAGAAUUUUACACUCGGUGUGAAGUUAGUUAGAGGUGCAUAUAUGGGUUCGGAUCCGAGGGAGUUAAUUCAUGACACUAAACAAGGAACCGAUGAAUGUUAUGACGGAAUUGCGGAAGCGCUCAUUCGUCAAACCCCCAACUCUGUUCUUCAACCCGAAAGUGGAGAGAAAGGAUUCCAAGCUGUGGAUUUGGUACUUGCAGGACAUAAUUUGGAAUCAGUUCGCAAGGCUCAAGUUAUUCGUACAGAACAAGCUGAGAAAGGAGAAGAUCGAAUUGAACUCUGCUAUGCUCAACUUCAAGGAAUGGCUGAUGAAGUAUCUUGUGAACUUGUGGCUGAAGGAAAAUUAGCUGAAUCUCUCAAAUCUUCUGAUGAUUCUAAUGUUAUGGUUCAUGGUGGUAUUAACGAGCUGACUGGUGGCACGAAAGGAGGAAAAGAUAUAUUGCAUUUGAAGACGGAUAUUCCAAAGGCUUAUAAAUAUUUGACUUGGGGUACUACAGGGGAAUGCAUGAAAUAUCUUUUGAGAAGAGCGUAUGAAAACAGAGAUGCGGUUGGAAGAACUAGGGAGGGAAGAAAUGAGAUGGGUAGGGAGUUGGUUAGAAGGAUGAAGGGGGUGUUUGGUGCGAGAUGAGAUGAUGAGUUUACAGUGUCGUUUUCAUAUAUUGCAUAGCAUGCGUCGGAUUGGGAUUUUGGGAUUCUGUUUGUAUGCGAGCAUUAUCAUGUUUGAAUGAGCGAAGCGGAUACUUUUUAUUUUGUUGGGUAGACUGCUUGUCCGUCUGUUGGUUCACUGUAGAUACCGAUGUUUAGGUGGAGUUGGCUAGGGGUUGGAGUUGGAUAUUUGGAUAUUUCAUAGCAUCAGCAUCAGCAUUAGUAUGGAUUUAUUUGAGUAGAUACCGGCAGCUGUAUAUAAUCUCCCCUGUGAAUAUGAUACAACGUAAUCUUACUA